GCACCCAAGAAAGCCAAGAAGCGGAUUGAAGGUGCUAAUUCCAACGUCUUCUCCAUGUUUGAGCAGGCCCAGAUCCAGGAAUUCAAAGAGGCCUUCACCAUCAUGGAUCAGAACCGGGAUGGCUUCAUCGACAAGGCGGACCUGAGAGACACCUUUGCUGCGCUCGGGCGCCUGAAUGUGAAAAACGAGGAGAUCGACGAGAUGAUAAAGGAGGCACCUGGCCCCAUCAACUUCACUGUGUUCCUCACCAUGUUUGGGGAGAAACUCAAGG